AAAUUAAAAUUAUAGUUUCCUAUCCUCUCUAAUAUUUGUUAACAUUCGUGUGUAAUAUAUAAAUAUCCAAGGAAAGAAACCCUUGACUCUAACUGUUACAUCCUUAGUCCUUACUAUUCACCAUGAGCUAUUUGUUGGGCAGCAUUUUGACUUUUGAGUGCUCAAGUGUAGAUUCUUUUUUAUGUUUGCUCUAGACUGAAUGUAUUACUGCGUUGAUUGAAAUUGUGAAUCUAGAUGCUGUUAGAUAUCGAUGUCCAACCGAGGGAUUUUUUUUUGUUUUUUGCUUGAUACCACAUUACCACCUACAAGGCUACAAUGUACACUAAAUAUUGGAAACACCAUCUCUUCAAUUUUUUAUUUAACUGGUGAAUUAGUUUUACUGUUCAAUGCCACAUAUAAAUCAGAUACUUCCUCCGUUUUUUUUAACUUGCACCAUUUGGGUUUGGCACAAAAGUUAAGAAAAAUUGUAGAUAUUAAAAUUGCCCAUAUGAUAACAACCAAAAGAGAGGGGAAAGGUUAGGUAACAAUGGUAAAUGUGAAAUGUGUGCAAGGAUAAAGUGGGUAUUUAGUAUGUGAACACACCAAAAAGCAUGUGAAAAUACACUAUAAAUUGAAAUGACGUAACUAAUAUGCAACUAUCAUAAAAGGAAAAUGGUGCAAGUAAAAAACCCCGGAGGAAGUAUGUUGUUAGAAGAAGAAAUACAAGUUUUUGUUAUGACUCUGAAAGACUGAAACAAGGACAGUGAUGGUCUAUGGGUACUAAAAUAUAAAUCAGAUGAUUUAAGGUUCUCUCUGAGAAUUAUUUUUGAUUCGGCUUAGUGUUGUGACUGUGAGAGAUAAGAUUGAUUGCAUCAUAAUGUCUUUGUUGUUCAAGCAUUUAUGUACUUUUGGAGAAGCUUUGGACUUUGGAUUGGAGGUUUAUUGUUGUUGGUUGCUUACUCCUUAUUUGAUUCUGAUAUGAUAACUUAAGCACUAUUUUUUAAACAGUUUUAUGUGGUUCUUUUUAUGGAUUUGAAUUGUUAUCCUAUUGAUGCUAAUCCUCAAUGAUGCUUCCCUUAUUGAAUUUAGCAAGCAAAAGCAUUAAAUAUGAAACAUUGAUAUUACUAGACUUACUAACUUUCUGAUUGUCUUGUUAGAAUAGACAAAGCAUGUUCCAUCUCUGGCAGAGGUACUAUCACAAGUUAUACUUAACAAUUCGUUACAAAAUUUGUGUACAUUAUAAAAUGCUUUUAAUAGCAGUAAAAUGAUCUUAUUUACUGUCAAAACCUUAACUAAUAACCCAGGGCUUUAAAUGUACCUUUGUAACUAUUCCCUAUGAGCUAUUUGUUGGGCUGCUUUCUGACUUUAGCACGAUGAAGUACAGGUUGAGGAGAUGUUCUUCCAUGCAUUUAAUGGAUACAUGAAGCAUGCUUUUCCACGGGAUGAGUUAAAACCCUUGUCAUGUGACGGGGAAGAUACUCUUGGUGGUUAUGCCUUAACUUUGAUUGACUCCCUCGACACAUUGGCUUUACUUGGUGAUAAAGAGCGUUUUGCUUUUUCUGUUGAAUGGCUUGGGAAGAACCUUCGAUUUGACAUUAACAAAACAGUGUCUGUUUUUGAAACAACUAUUCGAGUUCUUGGAGGUUUGCUAUCUGCCCACCUUAUUGCAAGUGAUUAUGCUACGGGAAUGAGAAUUCCAUCAUACGACAACCAAUUACUGCAUUUAGCUGAGGAUCUUGCCUACAGGUUGUUGCCUGCCUUUGACACACCUACAGGGAUUCCAUUUGGAUCUGUAAAUUUACUGGAUGGAGUAGAUGAGAAUGAAAGUAAGAUAACAUCGACAGCUGGUGGUGGAACUUUGACCUUGGAAUUUGGUAUUUUAAGCCGCCUAACAAAUAAUCCUGUGUUUGAGCAAGUCACUAAAAAUGCUGUUCGUGGACUAUGGGCCUGCCGUUCUAAGAUCAAUUUAGUUGGUGCUCAUAUAAAUGUCUUUACAGGUGAAUGGACACAAAAGGAUGCUGGAAUCGGAACAAGUAUUGAUUCAUUUUAUGAAUAUCUUCUGAAGGCAUUCUUACUGUUUGGGGACGAGGAACAUCUGUUCAUGUUUCAAGAAGCUUAUGGGGCUGUAAUGCGCUACCUCUUCACUGAUCCCUGGUAUGUGGAAGUAAAUAUGGAUUCCGCUGCUAUUGUAUGGCCAUUAUUCAAUAGUUUACAAGCAUUCUGGCCUGGCUUGCAGGUUUUAGCUGGAGAUGUUGAUCCUGCUAUUCGUACACAUGCUGCUUUCUAUAGUGUCUGGAAAAGAUAUGGAUUCACCCCUGAAGGCUUUAAUCUGGCUACCCUAAGUGUUCAGCAAGGUCAAAAAAGCUAUCCACUGCGUCCAGAGUUAGCCGAGAGUACAUAUUGGCUUUACAAAGCUACCAGAGAUACCAGGUAUCUCGAUGUAGGACGUGAUAUUGUUUCCAGCUUGCAAUAUGGGGCCCGAUGCCCCUGUGGAUAUUGUCAUAUAACUGAUGUUGAGGAUCACAAGCGAGAAGAUCACAUGGAGAGCUUUUUCCUAGCUGAAACUGUUAAAUAUCUGUGGCUGCUAUUUGAUUUGGCUGUUGGUGGGGAUAAUCUUGUUGAAAGUGGACCAUAUAAGUAUAUCUUCAGCACUGAAGGCCACCUACUGCCUGCAACCCCUCAAAUAUCCCUAGUACGUGAACAUUGCUCAUAUUAUGGUGCAUACUGUAGGAGCAAUAAUAGCAGCUUGAGGCAGGAACUACACUCUCCCGUUAUCUCCAGAAAAUCCGAAGAAGCAAAUGGUAGUGGAGUCCAUCAAGGCUGGGGCCCCACUGCAUUGUUAUCCGCCUUACCUGAUAGGGAGGCGAGUUCAGGCUCGGGGUUGGUGAAGGGGCUUUGUCGAGGACUAACUCAUGGACAAAAGAUUGGGGUAACAUAUUUCGAACCUCAAUUUAAGACAAAGGACGUUAGCUCUGUAGAUAAAAGGGAAGCUAACGUAGCAUCUCAUAAGAGUCCUGUAGUGGUGAUAUCUUCUGAUGCAAAUCCAACAUAUGUGGAAAACAAUAAUGGGUCUCUUGAGGAAUCGAGCAAAACUGAGAUGGAUAAUCAGUCUGCUGAACAAUAACAAAUAGCAGGAUGAUUAUUAUACCAAUGUGCAUUAAAUUACUAAUAGAGGUCCAAGCAUCAGAAUAUUGAGCAGCUUUCUUUUCCAAGUGAAAUAGGAGUGACUGCAAUUUCAUAAUGAAGCAUGAGCACUGGGGAAAUUUGUGCCCGUACUUGUAAAAUGCCGAUUGUAACAGAUCCUUCACACAUCCAUUGACUGAAGAUUUUAGAUUAAUCAUCCGAAGCAUACACCAGAGCCCGACAGAAUCAAGGAACUGUAAUUUUAUUUGUAUCUCUUAUAGGUAAUAGCUUCAUUUGUGGCCUGUAAUAGUUUUAAGAACUCAGAUGUCAGGGAACUGUCUAUUUAUGAUGUAAACUGUUGUUAGUCUCUGCUUUUGGUUUGCAAAAUGUUCAAUUGUAUAUACCAGAUUAUAACUUUUGAUACAUUGAAUACAUUUUAAGUAUAGCCAAAGACUUGCAUCAAUUCA